AUGGCGGAGCUGGAGCAGUAUCUCGCUGUGCUCAAGGCUUCGUACGAUUACGAGCCUCAGUCGGAGGACGAGGUCAAGAUCCAGGAGGACCAGAUCUUAUUCUUACUUGAGCGCACCGACGAUGACUGGUGGAAGGUGAAGGUGAAGGGUGCUUCGCCAGACGAGGAGGGACCCUCCGGUCUCGUUCCCGCCGCAUAUGUCGAGCCUGCGCCGCACACGACCGUGGUCAAGGCACAGUACGAGUACGCGGCUCAGGCCAAUGGAGAGAUUAGCAUCGCGGAGGACCAGAUGCUACAUGCGUUCGGAGCAGAAGAGGAUGGUUGGCUGCUUGUACAGACGGAGGACGGCUCCCAGGCUGGAUAUGUACCUGCCAACUACGUCGAAGAGGCUGGUGAAGGCGCUGCCGAAGCCGAGGAGGAAGCGCCGGCUGCUGCCCCGUCAUUUGCGAACAUCGUGAUACCCGACUCUCCCCAGCGCCCGGUAUCCGCAUACCACGACCCGGCCGAUCUCGUCGCGUCAUCGAGAUCAGCAAGGCCCGCUCAAGCGCCGGACCCAGUGCAAACCUGGUCCGUCUCCGAGGUUGACAAGAAGGGCAAGAAGAAGAAGGGUACACUCGGUGUCGGCAACGGCACAGUGUUCUUCGCGAGCGAAAGCGAUAAGGCGCCUGUUCAGCAGGUUCAACUCGCUCAAGUCAGCGACUGGCGUCUCGACGAGAAUAAGCCGAAGCACUUGUACAUCUCGCUCAACGGCCAGGAAACGCACUUCAACUGUGGCGAUCGCGAUACGGCUGAGGAUAUCUUGUACAAGCUCAAGAAGAGCCGUAAGGCUGCUGGUCUGGAUGAGGACGAAGCUGCUGCUGCACCUGAGGCGUCUACGAGUCCUGCGCGAACCAGAGGCGUGCACUUCGCCGAGUCGGGGCCUGCGGUAAUACCCGCGUCACCCGAACCUGAAGAGGAUGACGAGCCGACGCCCACGCAUACCAACGGACACGCCCAUGCCGCCGACGAUGAGGACGACGAGGAUGGCGAGCCCGCUAUCGCACUAUACGACUUCCAAGCGGCUGGUGAAGAUGAGCUUUCAGUCGAUGAGGGCGACAAGAUAUGGAUUGUCGAGCGUGAUAGCGAGGAGUGGUGGAAGGUUCGCGAUACGAAGGGCAAUGAGGGUGUUGUUCCUGCGUCGUACAUCGAGCCCACCGGCCCGCCGCGUGCAGCGAAGGCCAAGGCAGCGGCUGCCCCGGUACCCGACGACGACAGCGAGGACGAAAGAGCGGCAGAGGCCGAGCGUGAGGCGGCGGCGGCUGCCGCUGCAAGAGCCGCGGAGCGCAAGGCGAAGCAGGAGGCGGAGGAACGCAAGCAGCGCGAGAGGGCGAAGCGCGAAGCCGAACGCGAGCGUGCAGCUGCCGAGGAGGAGCGUCGCGCAAAGGAGAAGGAACGGGAGCGUCGUGCGAAGGAGAAGGAAGCCGCCCACAAGUCGAAGGGCUCGAUUGACAAGCGUGGUCCUCCUCCGGCAGACAAGACACGCGUCUGGACGGACCGUACUGGGCAGUUCCGUGUCGAGGCGGCGUUCUUAGGCUACAAGAACGGCAUGAUUCGUCUGCACAAGGUCAACGGCGUCGUGAUCGAGGUGCCGAGCGAGAAGAUGAGCAUCGAAGAUAUUGCGUAUAUCGACAAGGCUACGAACCCGCGCAAGAGAGAGCGCAACUCGGAAGAGGACGAUGAGCCGCUCGCAAACAGGCGGCAGUCUCUCAUCAGUGGUCCUUCUGCAUCUUCGAGUUCGAGCUCUGUGAACAAGGCUGCACCUCAGCAGGCACCGCCAAAGAAGAAGGGGCCCGGUAUCGACUGGUUCGAGUUCUUCCUCAACUCCGGCUGCGAUAUCGACGAUUGCACGCGCUAUGCCGCUUCCUUCGAACGCGACAAGAUCGACGCCGCGCUUCUGCCCGACAUCACGGAGAGCACAAUGCGCUCGCUAGGGCUGCGCGAGGGCGACAUCAUUCGUGUCCGCAAAGCUAUCGCAGACCGUGGACCUCCCAAGCCUGAGAAGGACAAGCGUGACGACUCCGAUCAGAUCAAGCAGGACGAGGCCAUUGCGCGCGCUUUACAGGAAGGUCGCGAGAUACCCAAGCGCUCGACACCCUCGCCUGGUGCUCCGAACUUGUUUACGACGGCCGGCGGUCAGCUCAAGAACAACACACGCCGUGGACGUCCCACGAAGAGUUCGACGAUUCCCAAUGCCGUUGGGCUGGAUGGGUUAUCGACCGCGAGCGAGACCAUUGCGCGUGGUAGCACACCCCAGCUUGUUGGUAGUCCGUCAGCCGCCAGCCCGGUGCAGCAACUUCCUCCGCGUACAAGCUCUGUCGCGACUCCGCCCGUCUCGAGUGGGUUCGAUGAUGAUGCAUGGACGAACAGGCCGAGCUCGACGAAACCUAUGACCCCGACGCCCAAUGCUCAGCCUACCCGCGCUCCAUCAGCACCUCCUGCGCCCGCGCCGCCACCAGCGCCGGCCGCACCUACCCCUCCACCUGCACCACCCGCGCCUUCCAUCGCCCAGCGUUCUGUCAGCGCUGCUCCCGCGCAGCAACAGAAGGGUCUCUCUCAGACAACCGAGAGCGAUAUCUUCGAUCAGCUCGCUCGUCUCAGCCAACUUCGUGUGGCUUCGCCCGCUGCACCGCCUGCAGCGCCCACCCCGCCUGUCGCCUCCCCGCCUCCUGCUGGCUAUGCGGCUGGUCUGGGCGUGGGAAGCUCGCCAUCACCGCUCGGCGCUCAUCUGCAGGCGCAAGCCACGGGCGCGUUGCCACCCCUCAAUGGCCCACGCGGACCUCUGGCGCCUGUACCUCAGAACCAAGGUCUCCUUCAGCCGCUCGUACCCACGCAGACUGGCUUCCGCGGUUUCGUACCUACGACUUCUCCAGGUCUUCAGCCUCAGCCAACGGGCUUCCAGCCGCAACCCACCGGUUUCCAGCCGCAGCCGACCGGCUUCCAACCCCAACCGACUGGCUUCAACCCUUCACCAGGCGGAUUGCAACCUCAACCCACCGGGUUCAACCCCUCUCCGUUCCAACCUCAGCCUACAGGCUUCCAACCGCAGGGAUUCCAGCCUCAGCCUACUGGUUUCCAACCGCAGCAGACUGGCUUCCAGCCUCAACAGACAGGGUUCCAGCCUCAGUUGCAACCUCAGCCUACUGGUUUCAACCCAGGCUUUGGCGUAUCGCAGUCGCCGCCGCCUGUCCCGCCGCUCCCGUCGUUCGCGCAGCAGGGCAACUUCGGACUCGGAGGAGGUAUCCAGCCGCAGCCUACGGGCUUCAACCCCGGUUUCGGGCAACCGCCGCCGAAGGACACUUCGCCUGCGAAUGUGUUCGCACAGAUGAAGGCGGGCACGUUUGGAGAUGACAGCGCGCCGCAGGGCGCGAACAAGUACGAUGCUCUCAGGACGAACACGACGCCGCUCACGGCCCAGCCUACUGGAUGGGGUGGCUAUGGUGCCGGCGGAUUCCAGGGCGGAUACAACGGAUACCAGGGAUGA